UCAAUCAAUCAGUCUGUAUUUACUUCUCACUCUCUCUCUUUUUUAAGGCUGGGUCUCGCUCUGUGGCUCAGGCUCAGCCAGAACUCACUAACUGUAGCCUAGGCUGCCCUGAAACUCACUUUGUAACCAAGGCUAGCCUCCUCCUCCUCCUCCCCAGGACUAGGAUUCCACUGGCGUUUUUUUAUGCAGUCCCCACCGUGCUGGGGACUUGCAAUGCCUUCCCUCCAGAAGUUCCUAGAAUGCAUUUGGUAGGAAAGGGUUAAAUUAGAAGACUCCAGGGGGCAAGGCCAGAUCUCUAUGACCCUGAGGUGCAGUAGAAGGAAGGAGGUGAACUUUCCCCUUGAACCUUCCUCUUGUUCUGAAAUUACUUUCAAAAAAUAGUUGGUGAUGGAAGUAGGGCCCCCACCCUCCCAGGACAGACUCCCAGACAGAUGGUCAGACAAAGGAAACUAAGACUGUAGGACCCUGCCCCAACAUCGAAAAGCCGGGUGUUUCUGUGUGCCUGACCCUGUGUGUGUCCUCACUGGCUGUCCCUUGAGCCCUAGUAUCCACUCAUAACAGGGCCCCAUAUCACGAUAAAUGGGUGAUGGGUGUCUGUGACUUCAGCACUCAGGAGACUGAGGCAGGAGGAGCAUGGGCUCAGGCCAGAACCUGGGAGUGUAGCAGGCCAGAAGCCCUAAAUUCCAUACCGGUGCUACAUAAACUGAUACACUGCGCACACCUGUAAUCCUAGGGCUCAGGACACAUAAGCAGGAAGUUCAGAAGUUCAAGGUCAUUUUACGUUACAUAGCAAGUUUGAGGCCAGUCUGGGCUACGGAAACCGGAAGGGCUUUGGCUACCCUUACCUUUGGUCCAUGACCUGGUAGGUUAAUAACUAGAUUACUCCAUCUCUGAGGCCUGGGGGCUUCCUGGUCUCAUUUUCCCCACAGACUGGCUCAUCACUAACAACGCCUUUUGCAUGUUUACAUUUGGUGUCUGUAAAGAGGAAGAAAGACCACCUUCCCUUAGUAUCUAGUGCCUCCCAGAAGCCAGAAUUUCCCGCAGUCCAGUAUGGUCUCCAAUGUCUCCUCCCCUACUCUGCUCGAGGCUCUGAGCAGCGAUUUCCUAGCCUGUAAAAUCUGCCUGGAGCAGUUACGCACGCCCAAGACACUGCCAUGCCUACACACCUAUUGCCAGGACUGUCUGGCUCAGCUGGACAACGGGGGCCAGGCCCGCUGCCCCGAGUGUCGGGAGACUGUGCCUGUGCCGCCUGAGGGUGUGGCUGCCUUCAAGACCAACUUCUUCGUCAAUGGGCUCUUGGACCUUGUCAAGGCCAGGGCUCCUGGAGACGCGCAUUCGGGGAAGCCGACCUGCGCGCUGUGCCCGCUGGUGGGAGGCAAGAGCUCUGGGGGCCCCGCCACAGCCCGAUGCCUGGACUGUGCAGAUGACCUGUGCCAGGCCUGUGCCGAUGGGCAUCGCUGCGCCCGCCAGACCCACAAGCACCGGGUAGUAGACUGGGUGGGUUACAGAGCCGGGUGGUAUGAUGAGGAGGCUCCAGACUGCCAGGCAUCCCAGUGUCCCCAGCACCCAGGCGAAGCCCUCUGCUUCCUGUGCCAACCGUGUUCACAGCUACUCUGUAAGGACUGCCGCCUGGGACCCCAUCUCAACGAAUCCUCAAGUCCCUGCUGGCCCAGAAGCAGGAAGUGUUGGGACAACUCAGGGCCCUUGUGGAGACUGCUGAGGAGGCUACCAGGGAGAGGCUGACCAAGAUAGAGAGCCAGGAGCAAGUGGCCAAGGCGGCUGCUGCCUUCGCCCGUCGGGUGCUCAGCCUGGGUCUGGAGGCUGAGAUCCUUUCGCUGGAGGGAGCAAUCACACAGCGCCUGCGCCAGCUUCAAGACUCUCCCUGGACACCCGGGCCCACCCGCUGCGUGCUGCCCAAGCUGCAGCUCCACCCUGGGCUCCAGGACAAGAACUGCCACCUGCUUCGACUCUCCUUUGAGGAACCAAAACAAUCCCAGAAGGACCAUGAGAAGGUUGGAGCUGGUACCCAAGGAGGAGAUGAAGCUCAAAGCCAAGUCGAAGAGAGAACCAAGGUAGGGAAGCAGGGUGGAGCCCAGUCCCUGUGUAAGGAUGGAGCCCUAACUCCCAAAGAAGGCAAAGCCCAGAACCCCCAAGAAGAUGACGAUGUCCAAAUCGAAAGGGGUAACAGAGCUAACAAGAAGAAGAAGUGCAAAGGGAGGGGCAAGCCCGUUUCUCGGGAGCCCAGCCCCAUCCUGAGGCCAACCCUAGAAGGCGCAGCCCUCCUCCCACGACCUGUUUUUUCCUGGAGUUUCCCCACGAGGAUGCCUGGAGACAAACGCUCCCCUCGUAUCACCGGGCUCUGUCCCUACGGCCCCCAGGAGAUCUUGGUGGCAGAUGAGCAGAACAGGGUCUUGAAGCGCUUCUCCCUCAAUGGCGACUAUAAGGGCACAGUGCCGGUUCCCGAAGGCUGUUCCCCGUGCAGCGUGGCUGCCCUGCAGAAUGCAGUGGCCUUCUCCGCCAAUGCCAGGCUCUAUCUUGUCAAUCCUGAGGGGGAAGUUCAAUGGCGAAGAUCCCUGAGCCUCACCCAGUCCAGCCACGCUGUGGCCGCGAUGCCGUGUGGAGACCGGGUAGCUGUCAGUGUGGCAGGCCAUGUGGAGGUGUACAAGAAGGAAGGCAGUCUGGCUACCCGGUUUAUCCCUGGAGGCAAGGCUAGCCGGGGCCAGCGGGCCUUGGUGUUCCUGACCACCAGCCCCCAGGGCAAUUUUGUAGGGUCAGAUUGGCAGCAAAACAGCGUGGUUUUCUGUGAUGGGCUAGGCCAGGUGAUCUGGGAAUACAAGGGCCCUGGUUUACAUGGCUGCCAGCCAGGUUCUGUGUCUGUGGAUAAGAAAGGCUACAUAUUUCUGAUCCAUGGAGAGGUGAACAAGGUGGUGAUCCUGGAUCCCAAGGGGUCACUUCUUGGUGAAUUCCUAACAGCAUAUCAUGGCCUGGAAAAGCCCCGGGUAACC